AUGGCCAUGCUAAUGAUGGCAAAUUCUGAGCCGGCCAUGCAACUGGAGAACCAGCUCUUUGCAUUACCGGCCACUCUAACGGAUCGCUGGCGCACGGAAGACGAAAAGCUUAUCCCCACUGCCGUCUUGACAGACAACAGAUCCGCCGGCGAUAUCAACUUUUUCAUCCCACCUAGCACCUCCGGACUACUCAGUUUAGCGGAUAUGAUCUUGGAAUUAGAAGUGGGUAUUAAAGUCCGCAAAACCACCAGUGAAUGGGAGUUUAUCACAACAGCAGAUGGUGUGGCACCGGUCAACAACUUUCUGCACUCCUUGUUCUCUUCAUGCCAUGUCACCGUAGCCAACCGAUUGAUCUCGGAUACCGCGACCUUCUACCCGUAUCGCGCUUACCUGGAAUCACUGUUGUCUCACACACUGGACGCCCAACAAAGCCAACUAACAUCCGCCGCAUUCUACUACGAUAGUCUGGGGUCCUUUAACAGUGAGACCGCAAAUAACGGUGAAAAAAAUCGAGCGGCGCUCUUUAAUGCAGGACAAUACGAUACGGACACCACCAAAACCUUCAAACCAUUUAUCCGGAAUGCGCACCUGUCCAUUCGCAGCUACAUCCCGUCACCGGACUUUCUGACUGCUUCAGCCGGAGAGCUCUUGAAGAAAACGGUCAAGUACCACAUCGAACGCGUAGUGUUGCGCGUGUCGGACAUUCCCCAACGAAGCCAAAGCACCGUGGUCAGCAAUUUACAGAUUGACCAAAUUCCCAAGGUGGUCUUUAUCAGUUUUAUGGACAGCGAAGACUUUCACGGAUCACAAAAGAAAAACUCCUUCAACUUCCAGCACUUUAACAUUACACAAAUCAGCGUCGAAGUGGACGGUCAAAGUUAUCCCACCAAACCGUACACUGCCGAUUUUGGCCGUAGUUCAUCUUUGGAGUGCUACGACGGGCUGCUGGAUACUCUGGGACACCGUCCUAGCUUGCAAGGCGGCUUACCUUUCAACAGGACCCAAUAUAACGACGGAUACACCACUUUCGGUUUCGACCUGACUCCAGGACAUACCGGCCGCGGACCUCUGACACUGAUCAAACAGGGAAACCUAAGCGUCUCGGUGUCUUUCGGGAAACCACUAAAAAAUACCGCUAUGAUGGUGUGCAUGCUGGUCUAUGAUAGCAUUAUAGAAAUCAACCAGCAUCGACAGCUGAUUGCGGAUUUUACAACAUCAAUACACAGGAAAUUACCUCGGCCCUCCAUGGGAAUCCUCAAACUACAUCGGUAUUCCGUGGAGUCUACGCCAUUGAUCAGGUUCCAGUGA